UAUGUUAUUCAAAUCCCUAAAGAUCAAAUCUACAGAAUCCCACCACCGGAAAACGCUCGUCGUUACGAAAAACUUUCAAGGAAGAAUACUCGUCGAAAUCCAUGUUGUUGUUGUUUCUGUUGGAUUCUCAGUAUAAUUGCUCUUUUGAUUCUUCUCACAGUUAUUGCUUCUGUUGCAUUUUACUUCAUCUACAAGCCGAAACCACCAAAUUAUUCUGUCGAGAAUAUGUCUAUCAAAGGAUUCAAUUUCGAAGGAGUUUCUUCUUCACAAUCAGAUCUAACAUUUUCUCCUGAAUUUGAUGUUACUGUCAGAGCACAAAACCCUAAUAGCAGAAUUGGGAUAUAUUAUGAAAAAGGGAGUAAUGUUUCUGUGUCUCACACUGAUACUAAUCUCUGUUCAGGAGUAUUGCCUGAUUUCUAUCAACCUAGAAAUAAUGUCACGGUUUUUGAGACGGUGUUAAAGAGUCCAAGCUUGAAGCUAUCCCAAGUUGUUCGCGAUGCUCUGUAUGAUCAACAGAAAAAAGGGCAAAUUCCACUUGGGGUUGAUAUUAAAGUACCUGCUAGAGUGAAGGUUGGAUCUAUUAGAACUUGGAAAUUUACCAUUAGGGUUCAUUGUGAUGUUAUUGUUGAUAAAUUAGCCGUGGAUUCUAAAAUUGUUUCAAAGAAGUGUUCUGUUGAUCCUAAGAUUUGGAUGAAUUAGGAUCCUCUUCUUUAGUGUCGUGAUGAAUUAGGGUUUUAUGAUUUGGUCUUGUAGGAGAUUUAUGAAUUAAUUUUGAUGUUAUUGGGUAUAUAUACAAAUACAAUUACAGAUUUUAGAAAUUUAACAAUGCCAUUCUUGAUA